AGCUGUCCAGCGACAGAUUCAGAUAUUGCGCCACAUAUCUGUCUGGAGGCCGGCACAGUGGCGCAAUGGACCUUUCUGGGUGGAGUUUGCAUGUUCUCCCUGAGUGCAUGUGGGUACAGUCCAAAGGCAUGCUCACUAGGUCAAUUGGACACUCUAAAAUUGUCCUAGGUGUGUGUGUGUGUGUGUGUGUGUGUGAAUGAUGUGUGUGCCCUGCGAUGGCCUGACGAUCUGUCCAGGGUGUUUUGACAGUAGGAAGGCAUGCAAAUGUGGAAUGAAGGGGGGUCAACCAUGUCCAAAGAUCUCAAGUCAACAUACUGUGUGAAAUUGACUUCCUGAUUCAGCUGAAUGAAUUUCAUUUUACCUGCUGCUUCUGCCUCUUCUAAACUACAUUUAAAUGCGGUCUCAGUUUUGCAUUGACUUGUGAAUUGCGCAUUAAAAUGUUGUAUUUGUCCAUCUAUCUGCUUUGUCGCCCUAUCCAUCAUUCCAUCUCUUCUGAGGCUAUCUGGGUAUGUGUGUCUAUUUAUUUGUCAGCGUGCAUGCGUGCGUGUGGAUGUGUGUUGGAGUGUGUUGGAGUGUGUGGGUGGUGAUGAUUCAGUAGUCAGAUUUCUCACUUCACUAGAAGCAGAAGCACUACGCUGCUGGCCAGUACUGAGAUGUUCUUAUAGCCUCCUGAUUACUGGCGUUUUCAGUCGAGAAUUAAUCACCAACAACUGGCACCAUGUCCAGAGUUGCCAGUCAAACCAAACUGCGGCAAGAAAGGAUGAGGGAGAUCUACUUGAGGAACAAAGAGCGAGAGCUGAUGAGAGAGCGAGAGAUUGAGGCGAGAGAAAAAGAAGCCCGAUACAGCAAUGGCCAUCUCUUCACGUCCCUCACGGUGUCCGGAACAAUGCUCUGUUACGCCUGCAAUAAGAGCAUCACUGCCAAGGAAGCAUUAAGCUGCAUGACAUGCACCGCUACCAUCCACAACAGGUGUCGGGACACUUUGCCAAACUGUGCCAAAGUGAAACAGCGACAGCAGAAAACGGCCCUGACACGGAGCAACUCCGCCUUGAACAAUGUCACACUGCGCACCAGAACUCCAGGGAUACAGCAGCGUCCUAGCUCCGCCAUCUACCACUCUGACAGUCGCAGGCAGACUCUGCUUGGGUCCCGUCCUGCUCGCUCUGGUUUGUCACUGUCAAAGAGUAUAUCCACCAACAACAUACUCGGGUCCCUGACAGAUGACUCCCCUUUAGGACUGAGCAGGAUCCUGUCCCAGUCUACUGACUCUCUCAGCUUCAGGACCAGAGCCAUCUCAAUGGAGUCUCUUAACGAAGAUGGGGACAACUUCUACAGGUCUGUGCUGGAAGAACUGCAGCUGGAGGGCGAGGAAUUCCAGGCGGACUCAUGGAGCAUGGCCGUGGACAGCCAUUACCUGCAGAUGCACCGCAAAAAUGUAAUCAAAAGGCAGGAUGUCAUCUAUGAGCUCAUCCAGACCGAGGUGCAUCACAUGCGAACACUUCGCAUCAUGGAGCGCAUCUUCCAGCAGGGCAUACUGGAGGAGCUUCAGCUGGACCCCGUUUCUGUCCAGGUCUUGUUCCCCUGCUUGGAACAGUUGAUCAGCAUUCACUCCCACUUCCUGAAACAACUUCUGUCCCGCCGCAAGAGCUGCUUGCAGAACGAUUCAAGUUGCAACUUUAUCAUCAGCCGCCUUGGAGACCUGCUGCUGGAGCAGUUUUCAGGUCAGUGUGCAAUUGAUAUGAAGAAGACCUACGCUGAGUAUUGUAGCCGCCAUUUGAAGGCUGUGAAAUUGUACAAGGAACUAAUGGCCAGAGACAAGAGGUUUCAGAACUUUGUUCGGCGAGUGACUCGGGAACCUUGGCUUCGCUGCCAUGGUUUUCAAGAAUGCAUCUUGCUGGUGACACAGAGAAUUUCCAAGUAUCCAGUGCUCAUUCAACGGAUACUGGAUAACACCUCAGAUGAUGAAGAAGAAGAACUUUGUCUGACCCAGGCUCUAGCCAGUGUACGAGAACUUCUGAGUGACAUUGACCAGCAGAUAGAGGUUUUAGAGAAGACACAGCGCAUGCAGGAAAUUCAAUCCAAACUGGAUCAGAGAGCUGAAGUCCGGGUAAGAGAUGGGGGUCUCUUUCGGCCUGGAGAGCUGCUACGACGUAAACUUGUCCAUGAAGGAACAAUGUUCUGGAAGACGUCCGGAUCCAGAUCCAAAGAAGUGCAUGUCUUGCUGAUGAAUGACAUUCUGGUGUUUCUGCUGGAGAAGGACCACAGGUACCUCUUUCCAUGCUUGGGUAAACCUCCAGUGCUGUCGCUUCAAAAUCUUAUCGUGAGAGAUAUUGCAAAUCAGGAGCGCGGCAUGUACCUUAUCAGCGAUUCUUCGCCACCUGAGAUGUAUGAGGUUCAUGCUGUCUCCAAGGAAGACAAGAAGGUCUGGAUAUGCCACAUCCUGCAGAGUGUCAGCAAGUAUGCAUUCAGCAGCACUUUUGAAGCAAUACAAAGAGACGAACAAUGUCUGACACAAAACUGUGGCUUCAGAUGCCCAUCAAGAGAGGAGUUCCCCUUCAUAGAAACUGAGCAGAAGGCCUACUUGAGGAGACUCAAAGCGGACAUCCAGCAGAAGGAUCGGGAACUAUUAGACCUAUUACAGACCAGAGUGAUGCUGUUCUGUGAGCUUGCCCGGAUGGCAAAUGGCCACGAGGAUCUACAGCCACCUGUUACCCGCUACCUGUUCAGAGCCGACACUCCUCAGGCACCUCAAGCAGAAAAACUCUUGCUGAAUGCAACGGCUGAAGUGGACAGACUGAGUGAGCUGCUUCUGGGUCCAAGUGGAGAGGAUGUCUGUCACAAUCACAUGGAUUCAUCUAAAACUAGAAAUACCGAUGUCAUACUCAAUGGUGCUCCUGAAUCUCUAAGGGACGAGGUGUGUCAGAGGCUGAUGGAUCUGGGAAUGCAGCUCCAUGCUCUGCAGGCUGCUGUCAUCAAACAAGACUCAAUCCUAGAGCUUCUCCUCCCCACGGCAGCAGGGGGCAGCUCACUCAGCAGAGAAGGCAGCUGCUGGGACAUAAAUGUAGGAGCCACUAUUGGAGAGCUCACUCUUCUGCAGAGGCAACACAGUUUGCUUCAAGAUGAACUUCUAAGACUGCGAGAUGCAGAGACUCGCUUUAAGGACAGUGAGAGGGCACGAUCCAAGUUGGAACUUCAGGUCCAACAACUGAAGUCUGGGAGCGUCAAUCACGCAUCAUGUGCAGACCACCAGCCACUCGACCAAUCACUGAGUCCUCAGUGUGUUAGUGAUGUGGAGGUGGACGUGAUCUCAGAGGACGAUGAGGGGACAACAUCCGAAAGAACCAGUGAUUUUCAAGAGGAGAUGUGACCAGACUUCUUGACAUAAUGGGUGCAUGCUGAGGGUUGUUGUGGCUGACCGUCUAUUAACCUAAACUGCUUUGCUUUGCUACUCACGUCUUCCCCAUGCAUGAUAAAUACGAUUAUCACAGAUUAAAUAUAUAUAGAUCUGUGCAAAGAACAGAUGUAAUGCACUUUUUAUGAGCAUAACGUUGUUCAGCCUGCCUUGUGGGAGAGAAAGUUCACUCUGAUAAUGUUGCCUUGAAGUCAAUGUCAAAGUUCUAUCUUAGUGUAAUCAAAUGACCCUUGCAUUAAACAUGCAGAAAAUAUUGAGGGUCUCACUUUGUGUAAAUAAUAUAAUAUAAUAAAUCUGUUCAUCUGUGAAGACACUUGAACCACAAACUGUGCUAAAUUGGCUCCAAAUGAAUUGAAUGAAAAUGCUGGCUCCUACAGUAAGUUGCAUUGCAGCUAACACGCUUGAGCAAUAGAACAAAGCUCUUGGUUUCGUUGGCAUAAACCACCAAUAUAUCUGCAUCUGAAAUAUAACAACAAGUGAUUAGUAUGAACACGGUUAGUCAACAUUGAACUUAGUCUCUUAACAGUAUAUAACUUGUUAGCAGUUGUUUAAAGUGAGCAGUAUAAAAGGUUGAUCUGUUGUUUUACUGUGCAACUGGAGUUUAAAUAUCUUUGUAGAUAUGCAACUACCUUAAUAACACAACACAACAUAGAAAGCACACUUUGAAUCAUCAAGGGCUGCACACAGAUACAUAGACAUUUAUCAUGACAACAAUAUUACCACAGCAUCUGACUUUAACUGAGCCCAACAACAUGGUGAAUCUGCUUCUCCCUCUUCAAGUGGUGUUGGUGGUAUUUUGUUCUCUAAAGCAAUCACUCAAUUUCUGUUAUGAAUCAAGCAGUUGUUCUGUGUUGGAGACAGUAUUUGGCAUGAUCGGAAUGAGACAUCUUGCUUCAAAGAGGUACAGCAAUAAACAGCGCCUCUUGAUCUCUGCGUUUGCCUAAUGGCCGAAGAAUGUAUUUAUCCUGCCGAGUUAUCCUUAAUGUUGAAGAUGUGAUUGUAGUACGAUUUGUGUGAGAAUGAAGAAAGUGUAUUUCGCUUGUCAUGUACAGUAUGUGAAAUGUAUGAUGACACAUGAUAUAUGCACACAAAUUAAAUAAACAGAAC